ACAUUUUAUUUCACUAAGUGGCUAUUUUUACGGGGUUACUCAACUCAUUGUUUGUGCGUAGUUUACUAGUGUUUUUAUUUCAUCAUGGCGCAAGAUACGGUUGCCUCUCCCUAUGGGGAGAGUACAGACUUGAAAUUGUUGGUCCGUAGACGUGGUGGAAUACGUAGUAGACUUACUAUAUUCAAACAGUUUAUUGAUAAAUACCAAAUUGGUAGUAAAGCCUCUAGCCUUAGUCCUUUAGAAGUGAGAGAGCUAUCUUUGCGACUCACACAGCUACAAGAGUUAUUGUCUAAAUUUGAUAGUGUUCAAUCUCAAAUAGAAGAAAUUGAUCAAAAUUUAGAUCAACAAAUGUUAGAGCGAGACUCUACAGAAAGUGAAUUUUAUUCCAUGAUUUCUUUUACACAAGAAUUGAUAAGUUUAAAGUCAGAAAGUAGUAAAGAAAAUAAGUCUGAGUCAUUUCAUUCAAGUUGUAGUAAAAUGAACAAUUCUGUCAAAUUACCAACUAUUAAUUUGCCUACAUUUGAUGGCAACUAUUCUAAGUGGUUAGAGUACAGAGACACAUUUGAUUCUUUAAUAAAUAAUAAUGAGUCCAUACCAUUAAUAAAUAAAUUUCAUUAUUUAAGAAAUUCAUUAGUCGGUAGCGCUUGUAAUAUAGUUAGGUCCAUAGACUUUACCGCUGCAAACUAUCAAGUUGCAUGGAAGUCUUUAUGUGAUAGGUUUAAUAACAAAAAUAUUCUUAUAAAUAAUCACUUACAGGCAUUAACUAAUAUCAAUCCAAUCCAAAAGGAAUCUUUUAAAGCGCUAAGAUAUGUGAUGGAUCAAAUUCAAAAAAAUUUACAUUCUUUAAAUAUAUUAGACAUAUCUACAACUGGUUGGGAUCCUUUAGUUAUAUUCUUGGUGUCAGCCAAGUUAGACCCUAGAACUAAAAGUAAAUGGGAAGAACACAAAGGUCAUUUAAGUCACCUACCUUCUCUUGAAGAAUUUAUAAAGUUUUUAGAUAAUAGAGCAAAUGUCUUGGAGACUGCUAAUGGUAGUAGGUAUUAUGAAAAUAAAAACUCUACUCAUAGUAAGGAUAAUAAGUCUAUUAAAUCAUUAACAACUACAUUGCCUGAUUCAAAAACAAAAACAUGUGUUAUCUGUAAUAAAGCGCAUUAUGUACAUAAAUGUAAUAAAUUCAAGGCUUUGAGCUUAAAGGAUAGGCUGUUAGAAGUGGCUAAGCAUAACCUGUGUAUCAACUGUCUUCGUAGUGAUCACAACAAUUCAGAAUGUAAAUUGAAUAGUUUUUGCCGGUCUUGUAAUGAAAAACAUAAUUCAUUGUUACAUAGCAACAGUACAAUUACUAACAUAGCCACAGAAAGUACAGAAUCCACUCAGCCACCAACUAUUCCUGUUAGUUUGUCAGCUCAUUCACCAGGCCAUGUUUUGUUAUGUACUGCACAAGUUGAAGUAGUUAAUAUACACAACAAUAAUACUCAGCUUGUGCGUGUGUUGUUGGAUACUGGUAGCCAGUCAUCAUUUAUAACAAAUAACCUGAAGGAAAGGUUAGGGUUACAAGCUACACAAAUUAAUUCUUUUAAUGUUAAUGGGAUAAACAAUGCAGCUUGUAAAAUUAAAGAAUAUUGUAAUAUAAAAAUUAAGUCUAGGGUUAGUUCAUUUAAUAAAAGUGUUAAUUGUCUGGUAAUUCCUAAAAUUACAGGGAACUUACCUGGUGUUCAGGUGGAUGCUGAACACUUGGGGUUGCCCAUUGGGGUAGUACUGGCAGACCCUUUGUUUUAUGUGCCAGCUGAAGUUGAUAUAUUAAUUGGUGCGGACCACUUUUUUGAUAUUGUAAAUAAUAAUAGAAUAGUGUUAGGAUUAAACAAACCUGUAUUGCAGGAGAGUAGCCUAGGUUGGUUAGUUGCUGGCCCCAUAGGUACAACUUAUUUUAACCAAAAUGUACAUUGUAAUUUAGUUAAAAAUAACACUAUAAUUCAAAACUUACCAGAGGUCAAAGUAUUAGUCUCAGAUGUAGAAAUAACUAAAAAUAAUUUAGUACAAUUUGAAAGGUAUUCUAGUUACAGUAGACUUAAAAGAAUUUACGCAUAUGUUUUACGCUUUAUUAAUAAUUGUAAAAAAGUGUCAAAAUUAAAUGGACCUUUACAAGCUAAUGAACUGGAGAACUCUUUAACACUAUUACUUAAGGUUAGCCAAUCAGAAUCGUUUGCAAAGGACAUAAAGCACAUUAAAGAGGGAAUAAAACUGCAUCACAAAAGUAAGUUGUUACCCUUAAAUCCUAUUUUAGAUACUAAUGGUUUAAUUAGAGUAGGUGGCAGACUAAGACAGUCUGAUUGUCAGUAUGACAAAAAACACCCUAUUUUACUGGACUCUAAACACCACUUUACUAAACUUUUGAUGAGAUAUGAGCAUUUACAUCUUAUGCAUGCAGGUCCACAGUUGCUCCUGGCAUCAGUACGUGAGAGAUUUUGGCCACUAGGUGGUAGGGUCUUAGCCCGCACUAUAGUUAGGCAGUGUGUAGUUUGCACUAGAAUGAAAGGUCAAACUGCACAACCUUUAAUGGGUGACUUACCAAGUGUUAGAGUCAACCCAGACUUUCCAUUUAAUUCUUGUGGAAUUGACUUUGCUGGACCUUUUAUGAUUUCCUCCAAAAAGGGUAGAGGUAACCGUAUCAGUAAGGCUUAUUUAUGUGUAUUUGUAUGUUUAGUAACUAAAGCCAUACAUUUAGAAGCUGUGAGUGAUUUAACAACCGAAGCCUUCAUAUCAUGUCUGCGUAGAUUUGUGUCGCGUCGUGGCAAGCCUUAUUCUAUACAUUGUGACAACGGAAAGAACUUCGUUGGCGCUGACAAUGAGUUGGGUAGGGUUAUACAGUCCAGCGUUCAGGCGGUAUCAGACUAUGCAGCCAACGAGGCAAUUAAAUUCAAAUUUAUACCCGCAUACUCUCCACAUUUUGGUGGGAUUUGGGAGGCCGGUGUAAAAUCCGCAAAAUUUCAUCUUAAACGUGUUGUAGGCAAUGCCUCACUCACAUUUGAAGAAUUAGGGACGCUCUUCACCCAAAUAGAGGCAAUUCUUAACUCCAGACCCCUUUCCCCUCUGUCAUCAGAUCCCAUGGAUACCACUCCUUUAACCCCCGGGCACUUUCUAAUCGGACGGCCGCUGAUGUCAGUGCCUUCAGCGCCCGCCCAGAACUGUAAAACCAACAGAUACAAAGCCCUCGAGCAGCUGAGACAGGCCUUUUGGGAGAGGUGGCGGAUGGAGUACAUGGCGGAGCUUCAGAACCGGGCGAAGUGGAGAAGGGGCACCUCAACCAUCGAUGUCGGGGACCUCGUCAUCCUGAAGGAAGACAACUUAAUGCCUCUCCACUGGCGCAUGGGUCGCGUCACCAAACUUUACCCCGGAGGCGACGGGAUCUCCAGGGUGGCGGAUAUCUACACUUCCACCGGCACAAUCAAAAGGGCAAUUAAUAAAUUGUGCCCCUUACCGGUGCACCAAGGUUGAAUACAUUCAACGGCCCGGAGGAUGAACGCGCCCAAACGCAGUGCAACGGAACGCAUCGAGUACAGCGGGGCGCGGGGGGACCACGGCGGCCAGCGCGAGCGACGGACGGCGGCGCCGAGAACAUUCGGCCACAGGCAGCGCAGCGGCAUGCGCCUUACCGCUCGACAUACGCACAGUGCCUUUUAUUAAUAUACAAUAUUUGUUACAGUAUUCA